AUGGAAUCUCUUGAGACUCUCUCACUUGACGAAUGCACAAGCUUAGAAGAAUUUCCAGAAAUCUGUGGAGAUAUGCCGCGCUUAUCAAAACUAGGUGUAGGAUUCCCCUGGAUAAGAAGCUUACCCCCAUCUCUCAGCGCCCUUAAUUUUAUGAAAUUGAGAGGUGGUGAAGUUCUUCAAAGUAUUCCAGACGCUAGUCGAAAUCUUGAGUCACUCUAUAUUGAAGGUUGCAAUAAACUUGCAACGCUGCCAAACAGCGUCUUUGAAUCACAACAACUAGAAGAGCUUUCCAUAAUUCGAUGUUCCGGAUUGGUAGAGAUUCCAACAUCUCUCGGAGUUCAAAAGAAGCUCUUUCGGUUAGCGAUACUUGGAUGUGAGAACUUAAAGAAGCUUCCGAGCUACAUUCAGAUGGAAUCCCUUCAACUGAUCAGUCUAUGUAAUUGCCCAAAAUUAGAUACAUUUCCAGAAAUCAAUGGAGAUAUGCAUUGCUUGAUAAGGCUGACUCUGAAUUCUACUGGGAUAAGAGAACUGCCUUCGUCCAUUACAAAUAUUCAACAAUUUCCUAGAUUUAUGAAUAUAUUUUUGAUCUUUGAACUUUAA